GUUUUGUUAACGUAAAAAAUUACGAACGCGAUCUAAUCAUAUGUCAAAUUGUUAAGAUGUGAUUUUGUGAGCGGUGUUUUUAUGAAAAAAGUGCACUGUAUAUUAAAAAUAUUCUUAGUGUUCAUGUUAAAUGACUCUAUUUAAAUAAACCCAAAAUGCCAAAAGAGCAAUAUCGUGAAACAUAUGUUGGGAGAAAAAUAUCCCAUGUCACGUUCAACGUGGACAGUGCGUCUGCUAUCCAGCAAGCAGCACAUAUCCAAGUGAUCACCAAGAACCUUUAUGCACAAGAUACGCAGAGGCAACCUGCUCCAUAUGGGGUCCUUGACAGGAGAAUGGGCACAAACCAGAAGGAUGCCAACUGUGAAACAUGUGGACUUGGACUGGCGGACUGCGUGGGACACUAUGGCUACAUCGAGCUUGCCCUGCCAGUGUUCCAUGUGGGCUACUUCAGAUCCAUCAUUACAAUACUACAGACUAUUUGCAAGGAUUGUGCCAAAGUUCUCCUUCCUGAAGUUCUCAAGAAAUCAUUCCGUCGCAAGUUCAUGAAUCCGGACAUAAUGUACCUUCACAAGAAGAACCUCAGAGCUGCGGUGCACAAAAAGGCCAAGACAUGUACAAAAUGUCCGUCUUGCGAGUCCCUCAAUGGCAUGGUGAAGAAGAGUCCAGCUGGCAUAUUGAAGAUAAUCCAUGACAAAUACAGGAUGAAAAAACAGACAGACGCUGUGGUGCAGAAGGUUUUGAGCAAGUUCCAUGAAGCCAAGGAAUCUAAUAAGGAAUUGGCCACUAUGAUCAACAGUGGGCUUAUUAUCGAGUUGAGUCCUUUGGAGGUAUUGAAUUUGUUCCGGCGGAUCCCUGACGAGGACAUUCCUCUCCUAGGCAUGAACGUGAAGCAGUGCCGCCCUGAAGAUCUCAUCCUCACACGGCUACCAGUGCCGCCGCUCUGCAUCAGGCCCAGUGUCGUCUCGGAGAUUAAGGCUGGCACAAACGAAGACGACCUCACAAUGAAGCAGUCAGAGAUCCUUUUAAUUAACGACGUGAUAGCACGUCACAUAGCGAGCGGCGGUAAGAGCGAGCUGGUGCAGGAGGACUGGGAUUACUUGCAGCUGCACGCAGCGCUGUACAUUAACAGCGAGAUGUCAGGCAUACCAUUGUCCAUGCAGCCCAAGAAACCGGGGCGAGGUUUGGUGCAGCGAUUGAAGGGUAAACAGGGCCGGUUCCGUGGCAAUCUGUCCGGCAAGCGCGUGGACUUCUCUAGCAGAACUGUCAUCUCGCCAGAUCCCAAUCUACAGAUUCAGGAGGUGGGCGUCCCAGUGCACGUGGCGAAGAUCCUCACGUACCCAGAGCGCGUGUUCCCCGCGAACCUGCAGUGGCUGCGGCGGCUGGUCUGCAACGGACCCGACACGCACCCCGGCGCCAACUACGUGCAGCAGCGCGGCCUCAAGCACAAGAAGUACCUCAAGUACGGGAACAGGGAGAAGAUCGCGCAGGAGCUGAAAUGCGGCGACACAGUGGAGCGCCACCUGGUGGACGGUGACGUGGUACUGUUCAACCGGCAGCCGUCUCUCCACAAGCUGUCCAUCAUGUGUCACCGCGCCAAGGUGCAGCCGCAACGGACCUUCAGAUUCAACGAGUGUGUGUGCACGCCGUACAACGCGGACUUCGACGGCGACGAGAUGAACAUGCACCUCCCGCAGACCGAGGAGGCGAGGGCCGAGGCGCUCAUACUCAUGGGGAACAAAUCAAACCUGGUGACGCCGCGUAACGGCGAGCUGCUAAUCGCGGCGACACAGGACUUCAUCACGGGCGGCUACCUGCUGACGCAGCGCGACACGUUCCUCACGCGCCACGACGCGCAGCAGCUCGCCGCGUGCCUGCUGGCCGGGCCCGACAGCGGCAUGACGCUCGACAUGCCACCGCCCGCCAUACUCAAGCCGCGGAGGCUGUGGACCGGCAAGCAGAUAUUCAGUUUAAUAAUGAAGCCAAACAAAAAGUGUAAUGUGAAGGCGAACUUGGAAACUAAAGGGAAGAACUACACCGCGAACAAGGACAUGUGCGUGCAGGACUCGUAUGUGAUAAUCCGCAACUCGGAGCUGAUCUGCGGCUCGAUGGACAAGAGCACGCUGGGCUCCGGCACCAAGAGCAGCAUCUUCUACAUCCUGCUGCGCGACUGGGGCGAGGAGUACGCCGUCAGGGGCAUGUGGAGAUUGGCUCGCAUGGCUUCGUAUUACAUGAUGAACAGAGGGUUCAGUUUCGGAAUAAUCGACGUCACGCCCGGCAAGAAACUCAUAGAAGCGAAGAACAAACUGCUGGAGUCCGGGUACUCAAAAUGCGACGGCUACAUCCUAGAGAUGGAGAAGGGCACGCUGCAGUGCCAGCCCGGCUGCACCAUGGAGGAGAGCCUCGAGGCGGUCAUGUUGAGCGAACUCAGCAGCAUCAGAGAGCUCGCGGCUAAAGCGUGCUUCCGUGAGUUACACCCCACCAACGCGCCCCUUAUUAUGGCCCAGAGUGGAUCCAAAGGUUCAAAUAUCAACAUAUCUCAGAUGAUAGCGUGCGUGGGUCAGCAGGCGCUCAACGGCAAGAGGGUGCCCAACGGAUUCGAAGACAGAUCCUUGCCGCACUUCGAAAGGCAUUCCAAGAUCCCGGCGGCGCGUGGUUUCGUAGAGAACAGCUUCUACUCGGGGCUGACUCCCACCGAGUUCUUCUUCCACACGAUGGGCGGCCGCGAGGGCCUGGUCGACACCGCCGUCAAAACCGCAGAAACCGGCUACCUGCAGCGGAGGCUGGUCAAGUCUUUGGAAGACCUGGUGCUCCACUACGACAUGACGGUCCGCAACGCGACGGGCGAGGUGGUGGAGUUCAGGUACGGCAGCGACGGACUCGACCCCAGCUACAUGGAGGGCAAGGACCGGCCUGUGGACCUCGCCAGGGUGCUCGCCGACGUCAGGGCGCAGUGCCAGUCCAGAGAAGAAGAGCCAUUAGACGGAGAUGGUAUAGUGGUGGCGGCAGAAGAGACUUUAGCCUUAGACGACUUCAAAUCCUGCACUGAGGAGUUCAAAAAUGAAUUGCUAACAUUCCUGAAAGGCGUGGCCAGCAAGGUGAGCCUCCUGCGGCGUAAGUACGCGGCGUGUGGCCCCGUGAGCCUGCAGCUGGAGCGGCUGACGCUGACGCAGCUGGUGCGCUUCAUCCGCGUGUGCCACGACAAGUACCAGCGCAGCACCAUCGAGCCCGGCACCGCCGUCGGCGCCUUGGCCGCACAGAGUAUCGGUGAGCCCGGCACACAGAUGACGCUCAAGACUUUCCAUUUCGCCGGCGUUGCGUCGAUGAACAUCACUCAGGGCGUGCCGCGAGUCAAGGAGAUCAUCAACGCGUCGCGCAACAUCUCCACGCCCAUCAUCACCGCUGAACUCAAGCAGCCAUACGACCAGGAAUUCGCCAGGAGGGUCAAGGGGAGAUUGGAGAAGACCACGCUUGGAGAGAUAACCACGUACCUGGACGAGGUGUACCUCCCGCAUGAGUGCUUCCUGCUGAUCCGGCUGGACGCCGAGAGGAUCCGCCUGCUCAGCCUCGAGGUCAACGUCAACUCCAUCGUGUAUUCUAUCUGCACAUCAAAGCUGAAAGUGAAGCCGGGCAACAUCGAGGUAGUGUCGGAGUGGGCGAUCAAGGUGAGCGCGGAGGCGGGGCGGCAGGGCGCGUGGCUCAACAUGGGCCUGCAGCAGCUCGCGCGCCAGCUGCCCUCCGUCGUGGUGAAGGGGCUGGCGCAGGUCUCCCGCGCCGUCAUCGCCUGCGACGACACCGGCGGGGACCAGGCCGGGACUAGGUACAAGCUGUGCGUGGAAGGAGACGGUCUUAGAGACGUAAUGGCGACGUACGGAGUCGAGGGGACCAAGACCACUUCCAACAAUAUUUUAGAGGUGUACCACACGCUGGGCAUCGAGGCGGCCAAGUCGACGAUCAUCAGCGAGAUCCAGGCGGUGAUGUCGGGCCACGGCAUGAGCGUGGACCGGCGCCACGUGGAGCUGCUGGCGGGGCAGAUGACGGCGCGCGGCGAGGUGCUCGGCAUCACGCGCUACGGACUCGCGCGCAUGAAGGAGUCCGUGCUCAACCUCGCCAGCUUCGAGAAGACGGCGGACCACCUGUUCGACGCGGCGUACUACGGGCAGCGCGACUGCAUCGAGGGCGUGUCGGAGUCCAUCAUCGUGGGCGUGCCGGCCGCCAUCGGCACGGGCGUGCUGCAGCUGCUGCACCGCCACGCGCCCGCCGCCGCGCCCGCGCCGCCGCCCGCGCUGCUCUUCGACCGCCCGCACUACCACCCCUCCAUAUGGGACUAGAUACCGACUACAGUUUCCCUUCUCUCAAACUAAUGUGAGAUUUUAAAUUAUGUAGUUGAAACGAUUUCACUUAUUUUCCCUUCUCGGUGAUCUAAUCUUCAGUAUAUCGAGAGCCCAUAUAAAAGUUAAAGGCGAGUCGAACCUAUGACGGGUCUACGACCCCUAUAAGCGAUAAUAAAUAUAAGUUGUAUAAUAAAUAUAAGUUUUUAUUAAU